AUGCCUGUGCCUCUGCUCGUGCGAUUGCAGGCAUACAUAGACCCUCUCUUCCUUCUCAGCAUCUCCAUUGCCUACCUCCCCCUAACCCUCGUUUCUCAUCCGCUGCUGCUCGUCACCUCCCCUUCGUCCUUCCGCUCAAAAUGGUUCGAAACCUUCUGGCGAGUCAUUGGCCCCAAGAUGGCCGCCUCGGAAGUCCAAGUCGAUCACAUCGAGGAACUUCUUUCCCGCGCAGGCGGAAAGGUCCUCGAACUGGGCCCUGGGGCAGGCGACCAAAUGUUCCACUAUAAGCCUGGCCAGAUCGAUGUGCUAUACUGCGCCGAACCAAACGUGUUUUUGCAUGACAAGCUUCGUGAAGCUGCGGAGAAGCACGGCCUCGGAAAAAAGCUGGUGGCUCUUGAAGCGGGAGCCCAGCCAAGCAGUCUCCUCCCUGCGCUCAAGGAGGCCGGCGUGAUCUCCAGCACGACGUCGAGUCUUCCGGAGGACGGCGUAUUUGAUACCAUCGUCGCCAUCAAGAGUCUUUGCUCAGCACCGCAGAAACAACAAGCUGCCACGGUUGCUGUCGUCCAGGCCUUGCUCAAACCCGGCGGCGAGUUCCUGUUUUUCGAGCAUGUGGAGAACAACUCGGAUUCCAUCACCAGGUCUUACGUAUGGUUUGUAGACUGGAUUUGGCCGGUUUUCAUGGGUGGAUGUCGUUUGACCGGGAAGCUCGACCGGGUUGUCUUGGGGAUGGGUGGUUGGGAUGAAAGGAAAAUAACCACUACAGCUGAAUUCAAGGGUCACGAGGUCUUCAGAUAUGUCAAGGGAGUCUGUCGCAAAGCUUGA